AUGGAAGAGAAAGCAAGCUAUAUAGUCGCGGACUCUACAAUAAACGAGAAGGAGAUCGCGAUAUCGUCGUCUCUCGAACCCACUCUAUCAGAAUCGAGCGAUGGAUUACGAAAGCCAGUCGACAGGCACGAUUCCGAUUCUCACUCGGCAUGGCUGGCCGUCGUGGGAGGCUUCUUGAUUGUCUUCGUUAGCUGGGGCCCAUCGCUGGCCUACGGUUCGUUUCAAGACUACUACAAAUCACAUCUACUAUCCCAUCACUCACCCUCCUCCAUCUCCUGGAUCGGAACGGUGAACUCGUUCUUGAUCGAGUUCAUCGGCGUUUUAUCGGGUCCGCUGCUUGACAAGGGCUAUGAAAGAUGUUUGAUGCUCACGGGGUCGUUCCUGAUGGUCUUUGGUAUGAUGAUGCUCAGCUUUGCCCGGGAAUACUACCAGGUCAUUCUCUCUCAGGGCCUGUGUGUUGGUAUUGGCGCUGGUCUUGUCUUUGUGCCUACGAUCGCAAUAGUCAGCAAGAGAGUCACUGAGAAGAGGGCUCUGGCACUUGGGAUAACCGCAUGUGGUGCUGCAAUUGGCGGCGCUCUUAUACCCAUCGUCAUGCUCCGUCUUCGACCCCGAAUUGGAUUUUCAUGGACAAUUCGCAUGAUCGGCUUCAUCCACCUAGGAAGUGUUCUGGCCGCACUGCCCUUGCUCUUUUAUAAAAGCCCUCCUGCUAUUCCGCGACCAUCUCGUCGCCUGCUCGACCUUUCCGCCCUGAAAGAUCCCGCAUUCUCAGUCCUCGCCCUCGCCCACUUCCUCAUCUACCUCGCCUACUACAUCCCAAUCGCCUAUAUCCCCACAUACGUCGUUGAUGCGCUGAACGAGCCCCUGGAGUCGGGGUUGUACCUGCUCGCCGGGCUGAAUGCCGCCUCCCUCAUCAGCCGUAUAGGACCGGCAUUCCUUACCGCUCGCUUCAGCGCCGCCAGCAUGCUGACCUGCACCACGGCCGUCUCGGCCAUCUUGCUCUUCUGCUGGAUCCGCAUCGACAGCCUCGUGGGUCUCGCCGUCUUCAGCGUGCUCUUCGGUGUGUCAGCGGGGGCUUUCCUCUCGCUGGGCUCGGUAGUUAUCUCCCACCCGCGCAUCACCCCAUCGCCGGAGGUGGCAGGCGCACGCUUGGGCAUGCAAUGGUGUUUCUCUAGUUUUGGUAGUCUCAUAGGUUCGCCCAUUGCGGGGGCUUUGCAGGAUACCCGCACCAACGACUACACUGCUGGACAGGUGUUUGGCGGGUCUGCGAUGGCUGGGGCUACUCUCUGUAUUGGGGCUGUGGCGUUUUGGAUUUGGGCAUAUGAUAGGAGGAAGGCUCUAACUAAAGUAUAG